AUGUUGUCAGUUCCUGCAGCCUCUAGCGAGAGAUUGUUUUCAGAUGCUAGUAACCAUAUUUCUGCGAAACAUGCUUUAUUAUUCCCGGAUUUGGCUAAUCAGGUUUUGUUUUUAAAAAGAAAUAUUGGGGACAAUAGUGAUUCUGCUAAUUCUGAAGAAGACUUUGAAGAAAUGGAUCCAUAUUUUGAUGAAGAAUUUGAAAAUAUUACAAUGAAUUAUUAUUUCAAUUACUGA